UAUUUUUCAUUUUGUCUUUUCCUUGUUUAGCAGUUCGACCCUUUUCUCUGGUUAUCAUUUGUCUUCCCCUUGUUUAUCAGUCCGUACUCAACCGCUUCAUCUUCAGGGGAGUGGCAUCCAUGGCUACCAAAAUCUCCUUCACUCCAACCCACAACUUCCCUCCGAGACUUGGAAAUUUCGCGAAGUACCCACAAACCAUUCCUCUCUAUCCACUUCAGCCGCUGAAUGUUUCUCACGGAAACUGCCAUCUCAAAGCAGGUUCAGGCUCAGCUGCAGCAGCGAAAGUUCAAGCUUUGAAGGAAGACUUGAUCGAGUCGUUGAAUUCGGACACUUCUGCUGAUUCCGCGACUGCAUCUCCUUCUUCCUCGAAACUUGUCCUCGUUGUUGGCGGCUCCGGCGGUGUUGGGCAGCUGGUUGUGGCAUCACUGCUUACCCGGGGAAUCAAAUCGCGGCUGUUUCUGCGUGAUCCUGAGAGGGCAACUGCACUCUUUGGGGUUCAAGAUAAUGAGAAAUUGGAGGUACUUAAGGCGGACACUAGGAAUUCUGCGGAUCUCGAUCCAUCCAUGUUCGAGGGAGUCACACAUGUGAUCUGUACCACGGGGACGACAGCUUUUCCUUCGAGGCGAUGGGAUGGAGAUAAUACACCAGAAAGAGUGGAUUGGGAAGGUGUAAGGAAUCUCGUUUCUGCUCUACCCCCAUCAGUGAAGAGGCUUGUUCUUGUUUCAUCAGUUGGUGUAACCAAGUUCAACGAGCUACCUUGGAGCAUUAUGAAUCUUUUUGGUGUGCUCAAGUACAAGAAGAUGGGGGAGGACUUUGUUCGCCAAUCUGGACUUCCAUUUACCAUAAUCAGGUAGCCAUUAUUUAGCUUCUCCUGAUCACCCCACAUUUUUGGAAGUUCUCUUCAAGGACCUGUGCUUUAUGAUUAGAAUACAUGUGUUUAUAUCAUUCUAGACCGGGGAGAUUAACAGAUGGGCCAUACACGUCAUACGAUUUGAACACUCUCCUGAAAGCUACUGCUGGUGAGCGACGUGCAGUUAUCAUUGGCCAAGGAGAUAAACUCGUUGGAGAAGCAAGCAGACUUGUGGUGGCUGAAGCUUGCAUUCAGGCAUUGGACAUCGACUUUACUGAAGGCAAUGCCUACGAGAUCAGCUCAGUUGUGGGAGAAGGUCCAGGAAGUGAUCCACAGAAAUGGAGGGAUUUGUUCGAAGCUGCCCAAAACCAGUGAAUUCUAUUCCUCCACCGACAUUACAUGUGUGUAUAGGUACUAAAUACCCUGCAAGUUUUCUGCUGUAAGUAAUGUUUCUCUUUUGUUGUUCUUUCUGGUGCCCCUGAACUCAAAAUCAUAUCCAGAAGCUGAUCCCAUUUAAGUCAAAAGAACGAGGAUUGAUCGGGAGUUGAAACACCUCGAUAACGUGAAGAUUCGUGCACCAAAUCCCUCGAUGUAUUUGCACCAAAUCAUCUGUUUGGAUAAUCUAAAGUGACAACAGAAUAACAGAUGUGUGAACUCUAUAUACCUCGAGAUUUCAUCUGUAUAUAUUAACGAUUCAGCAUCCAAACAAGCCUCGACAUUUCAUUCCCCAUAGAACAGCAAAUUAUUGCUUUACAGACAUUUUUAAACACUAACAAUAAUAGUAAGAAGAACGGCAGAAAGUAAUCAGUAAAGUCCCCUCCACCCUCCUCCUAACUUUGACAAACUAUGCCUGUAAAUUUGCCUCCUUUUCUCCCAUUUCCUUUGCCUCCUUUUCUCCCAUUUCCUUCUCCGGCGGCUGGCGGGUACCUACAAUCCUCUUCCAGAACCAAUGAUUCUCAAACAGGAGGUAAACCUCCUCAAUCGGAACCCUCUUCGUCUCCGGCAGCAGCAGCACAAUGAACACCGUCAUCACCAAGAUGAGCCCAGCAAACAGCAAGAAGAUCCCGUACCGGAGAUGGCAGAGCGCCACCAGAAAGCACUGAGCAAUCAGCGCAGUGAAGAUCAUGUUCACACAGACCACCACGCUCUGCCCGGCCGAUCUCGUCUCCAAUGGAAACAGCUCGCUCGGCACGAGCCACCCGAGCGGCCCCCACGACCGCCCGAACGCCGUCACGAACAGGCAGAUCACGAUGACCAGCAUUACCGAGUAACCUUUCGUGAGAGCCACGCCAUCUCCAAACUUGUACCCCAAGGUAACUCCCACCAUGACCAUGUAGCAGAACAUCUCGAUCCCGGCCUCGAUGAAGAGGAACCUCCUCCCGAGCUUGUCCACCACCGCCAUCGACAUGAGCGCUCCGACGACCAGCCCCGCGUUGGUAAUGAGCGAGGACAGGAUCGAGGAACCGGACCCGAACCCCAUUGUCUGGAAGAAGACAGGGGCGUAAAACAGGAUCGAGUUGUUCCCCGUGAGCUGCUGGAACAUUGGGAUCCCGAUCGCUCCGAUCACGAGCUGCGGCCGGUUCUUCCUCUUCAGGAGGUUGCGGAAUGGGUUCUUCACCGAUCGAGCUUCCUCGCUCGCUUCCUUCAUGUCGAGAAACUCCGCCUCGAUGUUCUUGGUGCCUCGCACUCGCUCCAGUACCUCUCUGGCUUCCUUCUCCCUCCCCUGCUCCACAAGACUGUUUGGGGACUCCGGCAUGAACACCCCGCCGAUGAACAUCAGCACCGCCGGCACGGCGGCGGAUCCCAGAGAGAUCCGCCAUCCCCAUGGGUGGAUCUUCUCCGUUCCGUAGUUGAUCAGAUUUGCAAUCAGGAUUCCGAGGCAGGUCGUCAGCUGGAACAGUUGGUUCACCGCUCCCCUGAUUUUCGCCGGCGCCAUUUCCGAUAAAUACAGCGGCACCGCCUGGUUGCUGAAUCCGAUCCCGACGCCGAGGAGGACGCGGCCGAUGAUGAGCAUGAGGAUGUUGACGGCGGCGGCGUUAAUGACGGCGCCGAGGAAGAAGCUGAUUGAUCCGCAGAUGAUGCUGAUUCGUCUGCCCUUCUUUCUGGUGACGACGGAGGCGCCGAAAGUGGAGACGAGGGCGGCGAAGUAGAGAGAGGAAGUGAAAAGGGUCAGGAUCUGGUUGUCGUAUUUACAGUAAUCGGUCUCGUGAAGAUGGGCUUGCUUUCUCCUGUAAACCGCCGGGAAGAAUUCCUUCAGGAAGUCGUCCAUGGAAGUCACCCCACCGGAAACGCCGAGAUCGACGCCGAAGAGAGAGCCGCCGAUGGCCCCGACGACGCAGGCGAAGAUGAAGUAGCCGGUGAUGUUGUACUCGUAGAGAUGGGCGCGUUUCAGGACGCCAUUGUUGGCCGCAGGUCCUCCCCCCGCCAUUUCUCAGCAGAUUUCUUUGAUAUUAUGAUUUCCUCCGUUUUCACUUCCGCUCCGCCGGGAAAUGUUUGAAGAGACGACUGUGGUGCUUGCCUCUCACCGUAGCUGGCCUUUUUAAGACGAGUCAACGGCUACAGCGCUGUUUUAGUUGAAUAUAAAAUCUGCAGAAUCAAAUGGGAUUUACUUUUUUUUUUUUUUUUAAUAUC